GCGCACCGCAGGUCACUGAGGCUCCGAAGGAACUGGCGGAAACGACCUUUACAAGAUGGCGGCCAAGGCGGACGGGCUGCUCAAACGGGUGCUGGUGCCGAUUCUUUUACCUGAGAAAUGCUACGACCAAUUUUUCGUCCAGUGGGAUUUGCUUCACGUCCCCUGCCUGAAGAUUCUCCUCAGCAAAGGCCUGGGGCUGGGCAUUGUAGCUGGGUCGCUGCUGGUGAAACUGCCUCAGGUGUUAAAAAUCCUCGGAGCCAAGAGUGCGGAAGGGCUGAGUCUGCAGUCAGUCAUGCUGGAGCUGGUGGCAUUGACUGGGACCAUGGUCUACAGCAUUGUCAACCACUUCCCCUUCAGCUCUUGGGGUGAAGCACUAUUCCUGAUGCUCCAGACAGUCACCAUCUGCUUCCUGGUCCUGCACUACAGAGGACAAACUGCGAAAGGUGUGGCUUUCCUAGUGUGUUACGCUCUGGUCCUGCUGAUACUGCUUUCACCACUGAUGCCCCUGGGCGUGAUCACCAUACUCCAGGCCUCCAAUAUGCCUUCUGUGGUGGUGGGGAAGCUGCUCCAAGCAGCCACCAACUACCGCAAUGGGCACACGGGCCAGCUCUCAGCCAUCACAGUCCUUUUGCUCUUUGGGGGCUCCCUGGCCCGAAUCUUCACCUCCAUUCAGGAAACUGGAGAUCCUCUCAUGGCUGGAACCUUUGUGGUCUCUUCCCUCUGUAACGGCCUUAUUGCUGCCCAGCUUCUCUUCUACUGGAAUGUAAAGGCUCCUCACAAGAAGAAAAAAGAGUAGUAGGGCUGAUCCAGCUACUAGAGUCCAUUCCAUGUUUCUAUUCAUCCACCUAAUCUCAGGGUCCUUCUGAGCCAGCCUGCUGGUGUGACUUUUAAUCAUUCCCCAUUUCUCUGCAGAUGCAACUUUUUGAGCCAGCAUUUGUGUUUCCGACCCCCGGCAUAGAUGGUAGACCCAAUCCUUAGAAAGGAAAUGGGGUAGAGAUUUUCAGGCUGACAUGAUAUUAAUUGUGCACUGUCCUGUGUGUGCACUAUUAACUAAUUUAACCAUUUGCUGAACUUCUUUUAGCAAUUUCUAGCUACUUACCUCUCCUGGGCAAAAGUCUUGCCUGCCCUCCCAUCUCCCCACUUUCCUUUUGGCUUUAAGAGGACAAAGCCUGGACAGUGCAAGGGACUAGGGGCUUAUGGCUGCCUCCCUCCCCCAGCCUGGCUGGGACUGUCUCCUGGACCCCAGUGCUGGGUGGGAGGCAGGGGAAGGGGGAUGGAGAAUGACUCAGUCAGGGCCCCAGGGUGGGGUGAGGAGGUUCCUGCUCUGGCAGGUCCAGGCAAAAGGGAGUGGAGAUGAUGCUGGUUCCUGUUGUAGUGAGGGGGAACAGAGAUGGGGCAAUAAAGACGCAGAGACAUGG